AUGCAUGUAGCAUUAUAUUCACUUCAUGUCCUCUUCAUAAAUGUAACAUCAUAUUCAAACAUUCAUGUAUGUAACAUCAUAUUCCCUCUCUCUAUAUGUGACAUCAUAUUCCCUCUCCAUCUCUGUAACAUCAUAUCCCUUCUUCAUCCAUGUAACAUAAUAUUCACACAUUCACCAUUGCAUUGUCAUAGAGAAGAACAACAUCUAUCUAUCUAUCUAUCUAUCUAUCUAUCUAUCUAUCUAUCUAUCUAUCUAUCUAUCUAUUAUAUAAUCUAUCUAUCUAUCUAUCUAUCUAUCUAUCUAUCUAUCUAUCUAUCUAUCUAUCAUAUGCCACAAGAUGAUGAUGGGGAUCUAUCUAUCUAUCUAUCUAUCUAUCUAUCUAUCUAUCUAUCUAUCUAUCUAUCUAUCUAUCUAUUAUAUAAAUUACUUAUAACUCAACCUAAUCUAUCUAUCUAUCUAUCUAUCUAUCUAUCUAUCUAUCUAUCUAUCUAUCUAUCUUAUACUAGUGUACUCCACUUAACUGCCACAUAUGAUUAG